AUGGAAGCUUUUUUUUUCCGAGUUGAAACUUGUGCCAGCCUUUGCUCUCUUUCGACAGCAACACUCACCGCUCUCUUACAACCGCAAUGCCGAUGCCGUUACCACGCUCGACUGCCCUGCGGGUCCUCCGGGAACGGGCCCUCCCCACCGUCCGCAUACGCACCCUCUCCACCACCCCCACCGCCACCGCCUCGCACGCCGCUCCCGACACAACCACAACCACCGCCGCAGAUGGCACCUGGAAGUUCGUCGCCGGGAAACGCAUCCUCAUCACUCCUGGCUCGAUCCGCACACGGUUUGAGAGCAAGGAGCGGAAACUCUUGGCAGACCGGGAACUCGCCACCGCUCCCCAGCCGGACGUGGUUGUUCCCAGCGUCUCCAGUACCACGUUGACCGAGGGCAUGAGUGACGAUGUGGAUGAGGGCAUUGGUAUGGCGGGACUGGACUCGAGCGGCGAGGGCGCGGAGCCGUUCGCCGGGUACCAGAGGCUGCAGAAGGGGGAUCUCUGUGAAUUGAGGACCUCGAGUGGGAUCGACAUGGGCAUCUUCCUCCGGGAAACGCCUGGAGCGUCCACCGGCGACUUCCUCACGCCGCAGGGAAUGGUGAAGCAAGGGCACACAGCGCGUAUCGCGUUUGCGCUGCAAAACUUCCUGCCCGCCGAAACGGUCGACACUUUUGUCGCCUACUACGAGAAGGUGGAGAAAUUCGAGGCGCUGCGCGGCACCGUCGACCAGUUCCAGGGCGUCGUGAGCUCCCGCGACGUCUCCAUGCCGCUGCUGGAACCCGUUAGAGAGUUCGUGCUCGAGGCGAAGAACUUGCACGCGGACCGAUACCGCGAGCUGGAGGGGCUCUACCAAAAGCUGGCGCACGAGACGGAGAUCAGGAGGGUCACGACGAGUGAGGCCGCGACGAUGGUGUUCGGCGAUGAUCUCGGGUCGGCGGAGAUCUAUGCGACGCAUAUUGCGCUAAUGGGCGAUGGGUUGAGAUAUGUGGGUGACAAGGGUUUCCACCGCAUCACAUCGAAGUUCAGGGUCAGGAGCAAGAAGGAUCUCGAGAUGGUCGAUAGCGUCACCGAGUGGGUCAGGAAGAGCUCGGUGGUGUUCGAUGCGCGUGGAUAUGGAAAUAAGGCGGAAGGGCCGAUGAAGGACUUCAUUCAGCGGGCAAAGUACCUGAUCGACCUGAGCAGAAGUCUGAGGAAGGCGAAGCCGGAGCAGCCGGGGGUGCAGGUCGAGAGAGUGGAGCUGCCGGAGAUGCAGUGGACCCCGACCGAUCGGAAGUUUAUUGACUUCAUGAAGGCGCGAAUGAAGUCAUGGGGAUUGCAGCAUACGCCGAUCGAUGGACUGGUGCCGUAUGUGCUCCGCGAAACUCGGCGGUAUCAAGGCAAGAAGCUGGAUGGAAGUUGCACGUACGACUUCCUUACAGAGAUCGGCGCGUUCUCUCCAUGGGAGAACAUGACCCUCCAGCAAGAUAAUCAGAACAUCCCCGGGUAUGGAAUGUCGCAGCAGGCGGAUAUCGAUGAGGCGCGCUUGACGACUCUCAAAGAGUCUAGUUUCGGCGAUCUGAACUUGACCGACUGCAUGGCCGGCCAGAGGAAGGACUGGGGAGAUACGAAGGUUUUCUGUGUCGACGAUGCUUCGGCGCUCGAGAUCGACGAUGGAAUGUCUAUCGAGAAAGUGUCGGGAACGGAGAGUUGGAUCCACGUGCACAUCGCCAAUCCCACGGCGUUCCUAGGACCGGAACACUGGAUCUCGCAGAUCGCUGAACACAGAGCUACCACGAAGUAUCUUGACCCGCACGUCUUCCGCAUGCUGCCAAAGCUGAUCUCGGAUGCGCUCGGUGUGCGACCCGGGGGUGCCGUGCUCACGUUCAGCACGAAGAUCAAUACCGACACCGGCGAUAUUCUCGACUACCACAUCGAGCCGGGGACAGUGCACAACGUGCAUCGAGUAACCUACGAUGAGCUGGGGAAACUCCUUGCAAUCAAGCCGGCCCCUAAACGGAUCCUGACCACCGGUGACAUGCCCACACCGACAACUAGUGGCCAGAAUGCAGCCACCAAGUUGACGAAAAAUGACAGGGCUGACCUCGAACACCUCCAAAAAUGCUACCUCGCCCUCACCCGCCGCCGUGUCCGCGACGGCAUGAUUUCCCUCCUCAACGUCAACUACGACUACAGCAUCUCCCAAGAAGCGGCCACCGUCUCCACGGGCGCCGAUCUCGUCGCUGCCAAUCCGAUCCUCUACCGCGGCUACCCCUCAAUCAAAGUCACUAUCGACAAGGAGCCCCAACUUCACGGACCGGGUGGCAUGGUCGCCGAAUUCAUGAUUCUCGCAAACACUAUUCUCGCCCAGUACGCGCAGAAGCACCAGAUCCCCAUGCCCUACCGUACCCUCCAAUACAACCCGGCGCGCCCGGACCUCGUGCACAAAUUCACGCACGAGAUCAUGCCCACCCGCGACGAAUACGGUGUCGCCGCGCGCAGUGUCCUCGACGACCUCAGCACGUAUAUGUCCGUCGGCUUUUCGCGGCUCACUGUCGAGCCAGGUCCGCACAAGCUUCUCGGCCUGCCCAUGGGCUACGUCAAGGCGACAUCUCCGCUGCGCCGGUACUCAGACAUGAUCGCGCACUGGAACAUCCAAGCGCACCUUUUGUCGCAGCCGCUGCCGUUCCCGCAGCCAACACUCACGGCGGCCCUCCCCAGCGUCGACCUCAAAGAGCGCAUGGCCAACUUCGGCACCAACGAGACCCGCCGCUUCUGGGGCACCGCGUGUAUCCACCGCCUCCUCAUGAACCGCACAGAAAUGAAACGCCAGCUCCCGAAACUCAUGACUAUGACCCUCACCGAACAGAAGAUGUGGCCUACCCCGUCCGUCGGCUUCGUUGAGGAGCUGGCGUGCAUGGCCAAGGUCGCGUUCGCGAGCAAGAAGGAGAGCAGCGCGUUUAAUGUCGGCGACAAGAUUGCGGCGAUCGUGGAGGAGGCGCGGCUCGGUGAGAGGGCGGUGUUGUUCAAGAACGCGGGGCUGGUCAAGAGGUAUGCGGCGUAGUAGGGAGGAGGGUGGGUUGUUUUAUGUUUGCUUAAUAGGUUGUGCGUGUGCGUGUGGGUUGGCGUUUUGUUUUGUUUGGAUAUUGGGAUGGAUCUACUACGAUUUAUAGACGGCCAUGUAUGAUUGUUGUGUAUGAUAGACGUGAGCGCGGGGGUUGUAUGAUAAAAGUUAUGUAUUUUACGAGUGGGUUUGAACAUGGCCAUGCGAGCCGGAUGGAAGCUUGCGGCUCAUGAGAUCUUGGGCCCGGAAAGG